GGCGUCGGGCGGCAGGUGACGUGCAGCGGCUGCCGGUUACGUGUGUCUGGCUAUGAACUUCCGACAGGCGGCGGGCGACGGAAGGAAGAUGGCAGGAGGCGGGCAUCCGACGGCCUGAGGCGGGCGGUGUCUGUGGUUAUGUCCUCCGGCGUGUUUGUGCACGGGGAGAGAGAAAGUGUAGGUCGUGAUUGCAGUUAUCUCAUCCCGAUCUGUUUUGUGUCGAUAUCUAUUCAAUUUUCUUGCCCCACAAUUAUUGGAGUUUGGUGGAUAUCAUACAAAGGAACUGGUGGAGAAAUGGAUGCUGUGGUACACCCACAUUGUGAAUGGUCGGGUGGGGCAGAAGCAGUGCUAGCUCUUGAACCUAACUCAUCAAUCUCCAUUGCUUAUGACUCUUUAUUCGGCCCUCACGAUGACCUUAUGCUUCUCGAACUUGAUGAGAAGCUCCUACCAGAAGUCAUGCACGAGAGAGUAGCUCUAAGAGGGCAGCCUGAUGAUGAUGUCGUUCUAUGUACUUCAUCCAAGACCUAUGGUGUUAAAUUCGUGGGGACAUCAAACUCCAUGUUUCUCAUCCCUAGUUCGGAUAAAAAAGAUGUUGAUAAAUGCAACACAGUUGCACAUGUCAUUAAACUCACCCCUGGUUGCAUGGAGCUCACCGAGGUUGCCCCAAAGCUAGACGAACUCAAACUCAUUCUCUCCGAAAACCCGUACAGUUAUGGUGAAGAAUCCAAAACUGAAAAUGGCCUGUACAAAUGGGCGGACCUUACUGACCGAAUACGAGCUAGCGACGAGGAAAUAAAAUCGGGUCUUCAGUCCCUUUCGGCUGUUGAAAUCAAUGGGUACUGGCGAAUUUUGAACGAAAAUUACAUGAAUGGGAUAUUGAACAUGCUUCUGCACAACAUAAUACUGAACGACUGGUCGAUUGAUGAGCUGGACGAAGGUGAAGUUGUGGGGGUGCUCGAAAAGGAUGGGUUUCCAAGGAAUGUGGCCAAGCAUUGCUUACGAGUGUUUUGCAAUAUGGCAGGCGUAGCUAGAGAGAUCCUAAGGGAAGGGAAGAUGAGAAUGGAAGUGUUUAUGGAGAGGUGGAGUCGGAAGCUUCCGGAAGGGAUGGAUGCAAGUUUUGAGGUUUUAGAAGGGGAAGUGCUGACGGAGAAGCUUGGGGUGGAAACUUGGGUUUAUUGGUUCAGUAAGAGGUGUCUGCCGUCUGAACCUGCUGAGCGGUUUGCUGUGCUGUUUCGGGAGAGGCAAAAAUGGGAGUGGAAAGACUUAGAGCCAUAUGGAUCUAAGAGUGCCUGGACUUUCUUCGGAAGGUUUGCUCCUGAAAUAUACUCGAAGAAGUCAGGCAAGCAUGGGGGCAGAACCCAUUUUCAGUGCAAGAUAGUGUUAGUUUCCGGAGGAAGAUGAUGAAAUUUGGCUUCUUCCUUCCAGCAACACAUCAAAUUCGGGUACUGUUGCUCAGAGGCAUCUGUUUGCAAUAUAUGCUGAUGAUAUUGUAAUGGAACUAGUUUUACUACUUCACCCACACUUUGCCCCAGCAGUUGUGUAUCCAAAAUUUAUAUAUUAUGGAUAACUUUGUGUUUUCCUAUCGAUAGAUAGUGUUUUUGUUGUACGUGCUUGUGACUUGGUCAUUCCGUAAAUGAGAUAAUUGGUUGGUUCGCAGAAGCGAAAACAUUAAGGAAUUAUACAACUUAAUUAUAUUUAGAUCAAACAAAUAUUGUGAAGUACAAUUCCAUAUAGGACCAUUUGAUAUUUUUCUUCAUAGAUUUGAAUUUGGACUUUUUAGUUGGAUUUGGUUCUCCUUUG